AUCAUAUGAUAGAUUAUUUUUUCUUUUAAAAUCCGCCAAUCACAGGAGAGAGUGGGCGGGCUCAUCUCAUCCUGACAUCAUUAUAAACCAAUAGAAAGAGAAGACUGUGGAGGCUGGGCGGAAUAGUCACCCAAUCAACAGAGAGAACAGAAAAGUGGGCGGGCCUCUCUUUGUUGUUCAGGAAGUGUGCUUAGGAAACUGCCGAAACUUUGCGGCUCCGAAGCAGUUUUUCCCCAUUAAAGUGAUGCGAGCGAAGAGCCAAAAUGGCGGCCCUAGGAGAACCAGUUUCCAUCUCAAUUUGGAGCAAGGGGGCUGGUCUAAAACUGCAUCACAGCUGAUCUGGAGGCUUUCCCCCCCUCAAGUUGUUUUUUUGCAGACAGCAGCUUUGCAGACAAUCACAGAGGGGGACCUCUCUUGUUUUUUUGCCCACCUUUUCCCCUCUAUUCUUGACCAUACUCCCCCUUUUAAAUCCACUUCUCCGUUUUUUUUUUUGCAAAAGUUGAACUUUAACACCGCAAUCAUGCCACUUCUUUUCAGCACGUUUUUACUGGAGUGCCACCGUUUGGGAGACUGUUGUCCGGGUCUGACCCGCUUUUAGCAUCUUUGUCCCUUUUUCCUCUCGCGGAAGAUGUUUUCGUCGGGGGAGGAGGCGGAUCUGUUUACCUCCGCGGAGGAGUCCUCCGGGCACGCGAUCUCCCCAACGCUGGAGCUCAGUUUGACCAUCAUCUACACCGUCCUCUACUCUUUCCUCUUUGUUUUCGUCUACCUGCAGCUCUGGCUCAUUUUGCACUACGGACACAAGCGCUUCAGCUUCCAGAGCGUGUUUCUGUUCCUGUGUCUGCUGUGGGCUGCGCUGCGGACGACCCUCUUCUCUUUCUACUUUAAAAAUGUGGUGCAGGCCAACCAGCUGCAGCCUCUGGCCUUCUGGUUGCUCUACUGCUGCCCCGUCUGUCUGCAGUUCUUCACGCUCUGCCUGCUCAACCUCUACUUCACGCAGGUGAUGUUCAAAGCUAAAGCCAAGUAUUCACCGGAGCUCUCCAAAUACAAGGUUCCACUGCGUUUGCUGUUCUUGUGUCUCAGUAUUUUUUUCCUGGUGGUGAACCUGACUUGUGCGUUGUUAGUACAAGGAGCUCUCGAGCACUCGGAGCCGCCAAGUGAUGGAGGAAUCAGACAUGCGGUCUUAGCGCGGGUCCUGAUCAACGACAGUCUCUUCGUCUUGUGUGCCAUAUCUCUGGCCGUCUGCAUCUUCAAGAUCGCCAAGAUGUCUUCUGCCAACGUUUACCUUGAGUCUAAGGGUACGUCCUUGUGCCAAGCGACAGCCAUUGGAGCCAUGGUGAUCCUCCUCUACACCUCCAGAGCCUGUUACAACCUGGUGGUGGUGGCCCUGUCACCCCAGGACAGACCCAGUCCCUUUAAUUAUGGCUGGUACAGCAUUUCUGAUCAGGCUGAAGUACAAGAUGUCAGCGGCGAGGCCUACAUCAUUUUUGGGGUGAUUUUGUUUUUCUGGGAGCUGCUGCCGACUAGCCUCGUGGUGGUUUUCUUCAGGGUCCAGAAACCCCAUCAAAACCUGGCUCAAGGAGGAAUGAUCAGCAGCCACAGCUUUAGCUCCAGAGCCUAUUUCUUUGAUAACCCCAGGAGGUACGAUAGUGAUGACGACUUGUCCAGAAGCAUCAACACGAGGAGCGAUCGCGCCGGUCUACUCUCCACCACACCCCAGAUGUCAACAUCCAGUUGGUACGGCUCCAUCCAGCGCAAUGGGACUUUAGCAGCCGGAGGGGCGUCGGCCCAGCAGCCCCCACCCUCAACGGCCCCUCUCCUCUUCGCCAACGGAAACAUCCAGAAUUCCCACCACCAUCAUCACAACUACUACUCCACCCCACAGAACAACAACAACCACCACCACCACCAGCACCAUCCGCACCAUAACUACUAUUCCACGCCUCAGAAUUAUUACUGCGCGUCGCAUAUGUACUUCUGCACCCCCCAGAAUUAAGCAGCACCCAUAAGGGAAACAGGUGGGGGUUGAGGGGUGCAAGUUGGGCUCAUCUGGGGUCAUCGAUUUUGGUGCUUUAGCGCAAAGUUUAAGGAUCUCUUACGUUUUUGAGCAGCAUUUAGGGGCUAAAAAUGAACCUGCUUUGACCAAACAUCACAAUCCAAACAUUAAUCUGAUUAAUAUAAACACAAGCAUACAACAAUAGCUAGCUCAUCAAGCUAACAUUGUCAAAGUGUUAGCUUAGCAACAUGACACUCGAGAAUAUCUGAAAAGAUCAAAAUUUGUGUUAUCCCUUUAACACUGGAGCUUUAGCUCGAGCGUUGGCAUUUUUUGGACUACUGAAACUCUUCAGUUGUUUAUGUAUCCAGCUAAUCCUGAAGCGGAGAAUUCAGCAGCAGCCUAGCGCUAAUGUGCAGCGAUAAAAUCACCGGACUUAGUUUAACUACCUAAACUGUCAAAGCGUUACAGUAGGUCAAAGAGCAUGUGUCAUUUAGGUGUGACAUGUCCGGUGUUAACAUGCUAAAAAAGCGUCACAAGGUGUUAGCUAGCUAGCAGGACAUUUAGGUUCACAAAGAAUAUGUCCAAAUUACCACUCUACUACCUAACUACUAAAAAUUAUGGUUUUUAACAGCAAUUCAAACACUAUUCUCACUACUUUUUUUUUUUUUUAAAGAACAAGUAUGACAGUUGAUUUCACAAAUUAAACACCUUAUACAAGGAAUUUACAAAAACUAUUUCUGAAUCCACUAUUUUUCUAAUGAUGAAAACUUGGAUGGUUGGUUUAAAAAAAUAAUUACAAUACAUUUUUUUCCACAAAAAAUUGUUCAAAUGCAAAGGACAAUCUGGUUAGCAUUGAUGUGGACUAGUUUUUCGCAUAGACUUCUGGGAAAUUUCAAGGGCACUUGAUUUUAGAAUUGUAAGCUCUACAGUAGCGCACUAUGUAGUGUGUAGUGAAGGAAUUCGGACACAACCUAAUUGAAGCUAGCUAGCUAACAGCUGGUAAACUAGCUAAAAGUUUCUCCAAUAUUUUAGCUGCUGAGAUGACUCUGUUAAUUUUGGCUGAAGUUGUACGUUUUAGUGCCAUAUAAACUGUGAGAACCCAGCAAAGGUGUGUGUUGCCUGAGAGCUAAACUGUUAGCAUAGCUAUAUUAUGCUGUCAAAAUAACUUCUAUCAGUAGAGAAAAAAAAAUUCAAACUCGUAUGUUGACUAUACAUGAAAUCAGAACUGAGUGACCCCUCCCCCUAGAGAACCUGUCGGCUCCAAGAAGCUAAAUUUUUUAAUUUUUUUUUUUUUUUUGUCAGUUUAUGGUGUUUUUUUAAGAGCUAUUGAUCCCAAAAGUCGGAAUUUGUGAAAAAAAUCUUGCUAGCUUGACUAAUCUUUUUUUUUUUUUUUUGAGGUAGUUAUUCAAGUUAUAAACUGACCAAUCAGAUGCCUCAAUAAAAGUAUGCAGUCUUACAUCAAAUGUUCCAAACGUUUGACAGACUCCACUGAGCCCAUUUUCAAGUGAUUGGGGUGUGGCCUUCCAACAAGCUCACCCCUGAUUGGCUAGAGUGAUUUCCACAAAAAUCAUGACUCAUACCAAUCACUGCCAAUGUUGGCAAUUUCUGGUUCCAACAUCCAAAUCGUGAAAAAAAUGUCGACUGAAUUUUCCAUUGGAGCCGGAAGUUAACCUAAACGUCACAGUCACUCGGUCCAGUUCUCAUAUACAGUCAGUGGUAGGGUCCACGUGUCAUUGUAUCUUGGUCAUAAAUCGCAGAUGACUCAGGCGUUGUUUCAUUCACUACAGGAGGAUGGGUGACUAAGCCGUCUUUCUUCAUGAAUAUGAAGCAAAAAUAUCAGAUUUUUGUUAGAUUUAGAUUGUGUGACUGGGAAACACUAAGCUCCUAAAUCAGUUACUUCAAUCAACAAUGAAUGUGACUCAAGCUCUUGGCUUAGAUUGGACUGAUUAGCUGAUUAGCUGAUUUGUGACCAAAAAAAUAAAACUUCAUCUCAUCUGAUGUUUUGUGAGCUGUGACACAAAGAUUUUGCACUUAGACGAUGAUCACCUUCAGAGGAAGAAAUGAAAAAAAAAAGGCUUUGAAUGUAGAUUUUUUUCCUUUGUCUAACUUGUAAUGUCUUUAGUAAUCAUCUAUUUUACUAUUUAUCCUCAGAGAAAGCAAAUCUCAAUGUGCCAUCACAUUCUGUCAUAUCAAAUAUUUGCAUUCCUUUAUAUUUGCACAAGAAAUAGUCGGAUGUUGUCUGUUUUUAAUCGUUGCCAUGUCGUUUCUAAUGAGUGUUCUGUGGAGUUUCUAGGCUGUGUGCGGUCAUAGAUAUUUUCAAAUUUAGUGUGCUUUUAUAUAUAACUUUUAUUUUAAAUUGAUUUUUACUAACAUAUAUAUAUAUAUAUUACGGUGCGAUAUUUUUCUGACCCAUAAGGCUUCACGGAUUGCAGCAUGACAGCAAUACUUCAUCCGUGACUCACACCUAAGACCAAAAUUGCAAGCUACGUGCACACUGGGAAUGUGGCCGGUAUCUAACCGAUACUAACGCAUCAAUUAGCAAUAUUAGCGCAUCAACUAGCGAUACUAGCGCAUCAACUAGCGACAGUUGUACAUCAGCUAGCAAAAGUAGCGCAUCAACUAGCGACAGUUACGCAUCAACGACAGUAGCGCAUCAACUAGCGACAGUUGCACAUCAACUAGCGACAGUUGCGCAUCAACUAGCGAAAGUAGCGCAUCAACUAGCGACAGUUACGCAUCAACGACAGUAGCGCAUCAACUAGCGACAGUUGCACAUCAACUAGCGAAAGUAGCGCAUCAACUAGCGACAGUUACGCAUCAAUGACAGUAGCGCAUCAACUAGCGACAGUUGCACAUCAACUAGCAAAAGUAGCGCAUCAACUAGCGACAGUUACGCAUCAACUAGCGACAGUUGCACAUCAACUAGCGGCAUUAGCUCAUCAACUAGCGAAAGUAGCGCAUCAACUAGUGAUACUAGCUAAUCAACUAGCGACAUUAGCUCAUCAACUAGUGACACUAGCGCAUCAACUAGCGACAUUAGCGCAUCAACUAGUGACAGUUGCACAUCAACUAGCGAAAGUAGCGCAUCAACUAGCGACAUUAGCUCAUCAACUAGCGAAAGUAGCGCAUCAACUAGCGAUAUUGGCGCAUCAACUAGUGAUACUAGCUAAUCAACAAGCGACAUUAGCUAAUCAACAAGCAACAUUAGCUAAUCAACAAGCGACAUUAGCUCAUCAACUAGCGACACUAGCGCAUCAACUAGCGACACUAGCGCAUCAACUAGCGACACUAGCGCAUCAACUAGCGACACUAGCGCAUCAACUAGUGACACGUGCGCAUCAACUAGCGACAUUAGCGCAUCAACUAGUGAUACUAGCUAAUCAACAAGCGACAUUAGCUCAUCAACUAGUGACACUAGCGCAUCAACUAGCGACAUUAGCUCAUCAACUAGUGACACUAGCGCAUCAACUAGUGACACUAGCGUAUCAACUAGCUACAUUAGCGCAAUAAUUAGCGAUACUAGCGCGUUAACUCACAGUUGAAAGAGGCUAGGUGUGAAGUGGAGCAAAUCUUGCUAAUUGUGUUUCUGAUACAUGAAAGAUUUGGUGUUUUAUUAAUUCCUCCUUCACAAUAAAUUUUCAAACAGUUUGCAUUUCCGUGAAUCGAAAGGGAUGCCAUCCGUACGUCACUACCAAAUCCAACUCCAUGAUUAGUCAAAGUUCAACUUUUAGCGCACGUUCAGUCGUUGUGUGUACAUAAACGCACUUAUGUAGCAAUGUGUCAACGCUAGAGUUUUGAAGCGCAUGUUUACGCCGACUUUUCGCUGGAAGCAGCCACUUGUGUUUUCAAGCCCGGUGUGAACAUAGCAUCAUGUUAAAAAAAAAGUUCCAGUAUUUUUAUUAAAGUUUUUUUAAACAUCGUAGAACCAUAACCGCCAAUUUUUACCGUUAAACCUUUUGCUCAAGAGCCAGAUCGGAGAAGUCUCUGAACAAAUUAACCGGUCGAAAUCCUUUUUCCUUGCUUUAGGAAUUCCAGUGAAAGAAGCUAAGUUCUCACCGUUCAGAGCAGAAUGCAUGUUUCUGCUUCACCAAGUUGUCAUUUGUGUGUGUGUGUAAAAAUGUUCUUGACCUGCUGCAAAGUCUGCAGCUUGAAACCGUUUCUGUUGUUAAAUGGUUUGAUCCGUGGCCAUACUGAAUGUAACCCAUGCAACUGAUCACUAAUGUAUGCAGGAAAAGCACUAUCGGUGUUCAAAUAAAGCCCUACUGCACUGUUGUCAAAAGAAAAA